CUACAAUACCACAACGCCCCUUUAUCUCACGACAAACGUGUCAGCAGCGACGCCCCAGCCGAGGCCCUUGGUCAGCGACGCAGACAAACACAUCGUUGACCUCGUCUUCUUCGUGUCGUUCAACGGCGUCGUUGGGUUGCUGGGCUCCGUCGGCAACGUCAUCAACAUCAUCGUCUUUCUCAGACAGGUUGGUCGGUCUGUACGGUGCUCGUGAGAAUGUCCCCGGGCAGCUUGGCGUGUCUGCCUAGUGCUAGUGAGAAUGUCUCAGACAGGUUGGUCGGUCUGUCGAGUGCUAGUUAGGAUAUCUCAGACAGGUUGGUCGGUCUGUCGAGUGCUAGUGAGAAUGUCUCAGACAGGUUGGUUGGUCUGUCGAGUACUAGUUGGAAUGUCUCAGAAGGGUUGGUCGGUCUGUCGAGUGCUAGUUAGAAUAUCUCAGAUAGGUUGGUCGGUCUGUCGAGUGCUAGUGAGAAUAUCUCAGACAGGUAAUCUUUUUGUCCAGUUGUAGUGACAAGGUUUUCUCAGACAGUUUGGUCCAGAGCUAGUGAGAAUGUUUUCGAGACAGGUUGAUCUGUUUGUCCAGAUUAGUGAGAAUGUUUUCGAGACAGGUUGAUCUGUUUGUCCAGAUUAGUGAGAAUGUUUUCGAGACAGGUUGAUCUGUUUGUCCAGAUUAGUGAGAAUGUUUUCGAGACAGGUUGAUCUGUUUGUCAAGAUUAGUGAGAAUGUUUUCGAGACAGGUUGAUCUGUUUGUCCAGAUUAGUGAGAAUGUUUUCGAGACAGGUUGAUCUAUUUGUCCAGAUUAGUGAGAAUGUUUCAGAUAGUUGUCUGUUUGUCCGUGCUAGUGAGAAUGUGUUCAUGUAGCAUUUAAAGCUAGCUCAUAGAAUAUAUAUUUGUUGUAACGAGGCCGUGUCAUGUAUGUAUCAUAUUUUCAGCCAAGCCACAGAAAUAUGUUUGUCUGCAAUUGUUCACCUGCUUUAGUUAGAAUUUUACGCUUUGCCAUACAGAUAGAUUAGCAGAAAGAAACGAAGCUUCCUCAUAUAGACUUCAGUGCCAAGUCAUUACAGGCAUUUGGUUUCAUUUAAAUUUCAAGUUUGCCGUGACACAGUAUGCGUGGAGUUACUUAGGGGUAUUUACAUAUAAUAGGCGAGGAAAAGAUAGUGCCGUCCUACAAGAGUUUUCGGGGUCGAUCAAGUUCACCUGACAUAUACACUGUCUCAAUAUCAUCAAGUCUGUUGUGGGAUCACGUUGGGCUGAUGUUUGUGAACGUGGUGAGACUCUGAACAAGUUGUCACAGAUGGAUAUAUUGUCCGGGUUUUCAGGGUUUCUAACGAAUACAGCGGUUCUCAACCUGUGGGUCACUAUAACUUUGGGGAUUCUUACGACCCUUUUCCAAGGGUCGCCUAAGACCAUCGGAAAACACAUAGGCUCUACAGUUAUGAAAUAGCCACGGAAAUGAUUUCGUUGCUUGGGGUCACCACAACAAGAGGAAUAGAUUAAUUAGACACCAACAACUUGUGUCAAUAUAACAAUAUAAUUUAAGCUUAAAUAAUAGUUAUCCAGAAUACAUAAGUAAACGUUUUGGCACAUGCCUUCAUCUCUACAAUAACAAAACAUUUAAAUAAGUAUAAAUUAAAUUUACAUAAUAUAUAUUUACAUAUAUCCUACCUAAAAAUAAUUUUAAAAAAUAGGAGAGGGCGCAAAAAACCGGACAAAAACAAUGUAAAGGAGAGAGAAAAGGAAGUGAUUUGAACAAAAUUGUAAAAACCAAACAGGACAGAGACAUCGCAGCUAGGUUAAAAUUGUGGAUUUGCUUCAAGAGGAACUGUAUUAAAGGGUCACGCCAUUAGGUAGGCUUAGAACCACUAAGCUAAUUUGAGUUAUUUAGUGGGGGCUGAGCCAAUUGUUAACAUGGACGACUGGAAAUGCCAAAUUUAACACACCCGGAACAGGAGAAUAAAAUGGAAACGCAAGUUGACACAAAUGGUUAUAAACAUUUUUUGACUCAUCUUUGGUGUAUCCGUUUACCUCUGAAAUGAAUAAAAUCAAAUAAUAUUAGAUAAUUGACUGGCAAUCGGUGCAAAACUAAAUGUAAGCUAAAUAAAACUAAAUUUAAGCUAAAUAAAACUAGAUGUAAGCUAAAUAAAACUAAAUUUAAGCUAAAUAAAACUAGAUGUAAGCUAAAUAAAACUAAAUUUAAGCUAAAUAAAACUAAAUGUAAGCUAAAGGAAACUAAAUGUAAGUUAAAUGAACUUUAAUGUAAGCUAAAUGAAAUUAAAUGUAAGCUAAAUGAAAUUAAAUGUAAUAUGAAUGAAACUAAAUGUAAGCUAAAUGAAACUCAAUGUAAAAUAACUAAAACUAAAUGUAAGCUAAAUGAACCUAAAUGUAAGCUAUAAAAACACUAAAUGUAAUGUAAGUGAAACUAAAUGUAAGCUAAAGGAAAGUGAAUGUGAGCAAAAUAAAAAAAAAAAGUUAAGCUUAAUAAAACUAAAUUAUGUAAGUUAAAUGAAACCAAUGGUAAGCUAAAUAAAAACAAAUGUAAGCUAAAUGGCACUUCAAAGCUCGAAUAAUAAUAUUAUACUUGCUUUGACUGUUUUUUUGUGUCAUAUAUUUGAACAAGAUGUCUACAUGUUGUUCUGAUAGAUGACAGUUCACGUUUACAAUUGAUGUUUCCCUUCACAUGCUGGCUGCCAAGAUGUCAGUGCCCAUCAACAGUUACUCACUCGGCCUUGAGGCAGUGCUUUCUGUCAUUGGAUAAUAAUAUCGAUUACUUUGUUUAGAAUAUUGUAUUUUAAAUAAAGGGAAUAUCGAUUAAUUUUGUUCAGACGAUCGUAUUUAAAAUCAAGAGGAUAUCGAUUAUUAUUUAAGAAUAUCUUAUGUCAAAUCAGGGAAAUAUCGAUUACUUUUGUUUAUAAAUGGUAUUUGAAUUCAAGUGAAUAUUGAUUACCUUGUUUAGAAUAUCGUAUUUCAAAUAAAGGGAAUAUCGUUUACUUUUGUUUAGAAUAUCGUAUUUCAAAUCUAAGGAAUAUCGAUUACUUUUUUUUAGAAAAUUGUUUGUUAAUUCAAGGGAAAAUUGACGAUGUUCAGACACUUAAGACACAAAUUUAACGAAUCAAUACAACAUAUUGGUUUCUUUCGCAGCGCUGUUUGCUUUUUAAAGAUAUGUUUAAAGCAAAUUCAUUUUUUGUUGUAUUUGAAAUUUUAAUCAAAGCAAUUAUUUUUCGAUUUUAGGUCUUAACAAUAGGAUAUCAAUUUCUUUAUCACCAUUACAAUGGGUUUUUAAUCUUUAUUGUUUGAACUCGAAAAAAUUUCUUUAGGCUCUAAUUUUCCUGAUAAUACAUUCUAUAGUUAAAAUUGCUACAUGAAGAAUCCUCCUUAGGCUUCUAGGGUCCAUGACACUAUCUUUUGAGAUCCGUGGUCAAUGACACUGGAUAAAAGAGACGCCCCCACCCCUCUGAAAACAGAUUCUUGGUCACGAACAAUAGAGUUAUCAGAUCUACUUUCUAGUAUUUGCACCAUAUUCACCCCUUCCCCUCUAGUUAUCAUCUGCUUCUAUUUCCUACCAGGGCUUCAAGGACACGGUCAACAUCAGUCUCUUGUGCUUGUCCGUCUCUGACCUUGGCAGCCUGGUGACCUUGGUCUGGGAGAGCAUCACCGUGAACCCACUGUUCAUGGGGGCAGAGCUGCCGUUCGAUUCGUUGGAUGUCAGUUAUCUGACGGCAGGUGAGACUUACCGAAAAUGAGAAUCACCUUUAAUUUGGACCAGGCUAGACUUACAUUUACUUCAUGCAGGUAGAAAUUAUCUUCCAUGACGGCAAUUAAGACUUACCGUACUGCUCCGGAUGCUAUCUGUAUCUCAUGUGCCACACUGUCUAAAAAUAUUUGUGCACUCCGUCAUAUGCCAAAAUAUUUGUGCACUUGGUCAUGUCACAAAACAUUUUUUGUACUCGGCCAUGUCACAAAACAUAUUUUGUACUCGGUCAUGUCACAAAAUGUUUGUGCACUCGGUCAUGUCUCAAAAUGUUUGUGCACUCGGUCAUGUCACAAAAUGUUUGUGCACUCCGGCAUGUCUUUGACUUUGAAUAUGAUAAGAUUAAGUACCAGCAUUCAUCGAUCGCUAUCUUAAAAUUUAAAUGUAAGAUAUAUGUGAAUUGUUAGGUCACUCGCGAAUGAUACUUUAAAACCUGUCACCAUGAGAUUCUCGAAUUUCAACAACUCGAUACCAAACAGCAUGUCAUCAAAAUGUCAUCUUCGUCUGCUUAACAAGUUCAACUCCUGGUCGAGUAGACCUAUUGGCCAUUAACAGUAUCUUUCUAAGCUUUCCAUUCUCUUGUUAUUGUCCCCAUAUCUUGCCAAUACUUUCCAACGCCUUACAAUUUAAAAAAAAAAUAUGUCCUAAAUAAUCUAAUUUAGGUUAUUUUUGUUUUGCUGCUUGUCCAAAAUGAAAUAUUAUCCCCCCCCCCCCCAAUACAAUAUUUUAAAACAUUUAUGCUAAGGGUAACUCCAUACGGAGAUGCAAAAUUCAGCUCAUGUGUUAUAACUGCGCAAUGUUUAAUAAUGCUUAACUAACAUCCAUAGUUUUUUUCUUUGCCAAUUAAUAGUUUUAAUAUAUUUCCUCAUACUUGUUAUUAUCAUACAAAAUUUAUGAAUAGCAUGCACCAUGAUUUCAACUUUGGUACUUAAAUUAUAGGACUGUUUUUCUUGUAUCCAUUUGCCCCACACAGCCGUGCCCCACGCCAUUUUUGUGAGAGUCGCCUGGUGGAUCACCGCUUUCGUCACGCUCGAGCGAUGCCUCUGCAUCGCGAUGCCGCUCAAGAUCAAACAGAUAAUCACGGCCCGACGCACCAUCGUCAUCAACGUCGUCUUCUUCGCCGGCACCCUCAUCGGGUUGUGCCCCAUUUUCCUCUGCAGAACGCUGCGUCCGCUAUUCAACUCAGCGAAGAAUCGGACCAUUGUGGUGACGGUGAAGCCCGAUGGGUUCUUCGACAUCGAAAACAUCGGCUUCACCUUCAACGUCGUCUCGCAGUUCAGCGCCUUCAUCAUCGACGUCGUGUGCACCGUCACCAUCAUUCAGAUCCUCCAGAUGAAAUCGAAAUGGCGGAGCGAGACGGCCAGCACAUCCGCUUCCGGUGCGAAGGCCGGCUUCGAGUCGAGAGACAAGAAGCUGAUUAAGAUGAUCGCGUUCAUAUCGUGCAUCUUCAUCGGGUGCUCCAUGCCCAGCUGUCUCAACUACGCCGUGACGGUCACCAUGGAUGAGUACACGCGAGAUUUACGCUACCACAACGUGAACCGGAUCUCGUGGGCCGUCAUCGUGGCGUUGGAGGCUAUAAAUAGCUCAGUGAACGUGUUUGUGUACUACAAUAUGAGUGGCAAAUACAGGACUGCGUUCAAUGAAAUGUUCUUCGGGAAAGAUAGUACCCCGAAACUGAAAGCUGAGAAGCAAUAAAAUAUAAAUAAUAAUUUCAAUUAAAUACUUCGUCUAUGUGAUAAUAUUUAAAGAUUCUUUUUUUUUAAAAAAAGGUUAUAUUUUUAACGCGUACAAAGACAUGGAUGUUAAAACGUAGUUCUUUCAUGUUUAUAUUACAAUUAAACAACA